AUGCAAGAGAGUAAAAAUGAGUCCUCUUUUAGGUUCAACAAAAGAAGGUUUGAGGGAAAAAGUUGUAUUGAUAUGCCAAAUAAGAAUCCUCAGCAUAAAGUUCCCAAGCUUAACCCAACUACUACUGUUUCAUAUGUCCAGAUUCUGGGGACUGGAAUGGAUACUCAGGACACUUCGCCUUCAGUCCUACUCUUCGUUGACGAGCAAAGAUUUAUUUUUAAUGCUGGAGAGGGAUUGCAACGAUUCUGUACCGGGCAUAAGAUUAUAUUACCAAACGUAGAUCACAUAUUUCUUUCUCGUGUCUGCUCCGAGACAGCAGGGGGACUUCCAGGUCUUCUUUUCACUUUGGCCGAUUUUGGAGGGCUGUCUGUAAAUGUAUGGGGUCCUUCAGACCUCAAGUAUUUAGUUGAUGCAAUGAAGUCUUUCAUUCGACGUGAUGCUAUGGUUCACGCACGGAGCUUUGGGACAUCUCCAUCCUCUGAUGCUACUCUAACUGAUUUAACAAAGUUAACCGACCCCCUUGUUCUUGUCAAUAAUGAGGUUGUUAAAAUAUCAGCCAUUCUCCUAAAACCAAAUUUCUCUGGAGGAUCAGCAGUAAAGCCUGGAGAGUUGUCUGUUAUAUAUGUUUGUGAAUUGCCUGAACUCAUGGGAAAAUUUGAUCCUGACAAAGCUAGGGCUCUAGGCUUGAGUUCUGGGCCAAAAUACGAUGAUCUGAAAUCUGGGAAGUCAGUGCAGUCAGAUUGUGGCACCAUGGUUCAUCCAAGUGAUGUAAUGGGCCCGUCUGUUCCUGGUCCCAUUGUGCUACUCGUCGACUGCCCAACAGAAGCCCACGUAUUGGAGUUGUUGUCUGUGGAAUCUCUCAGUAGUUACUAUGCAGAUUGCUCAUCAAAAUGUGCCAAGACUGUGAAUUGUAUCAUUCAUUUAAGUCCUACUUCUGUCACAGGCACCCCUAAUUACCAGAUAUGCAUGAAGAGGUUUGGUUCAGCCCAACAUAUUAUGGCUGGACAUGAAAUGAAGAAUGCAGAGGUUCCAAUUCUAAAAUCCAAUGCAAGAUUAUCAGCACGACUUAAUUAUCUGUGUCCACAAUUAUUUCCAGCUGCAGAGUUCUGCUCUCUUCAGCAUCUUAAUAAUUCCGCACCAGAUUAUAGUGCUAGCGAGGGUCCUGUUGCAAGGCUUUCUGAAAGUGUUUCUGCUAAAAAUCUACUGAAGUUCACUCUGCUUCCUCAUGCUCAUCUUGGACUUGAUAGAACAGAGAUCCCAUGUCUGGUGGCUCUCUCAGAAUUAAUGGAUGAGUUACAUUCGGAAAUUCCAGAGAUUGUAGAUGCUGCGCAACAUGUCAGCCAGAUCUGGCAAGAGCCUCCAGAAACAAAAGAGGUGAUAUCUCAUGUGCAUGAAAAUGAAGUGGAUGAGAAUAGACUUCCUAGUUGUUUGGAGAAUGUAAGGAAAGAUGACCUAGAGAUUGUUCUUCUGGGGACUGGUUCAGCCCGUCCUUGUGAAUACCGGAAUGUUAGUUCUAUCUAUAUUAAUCUUUUUUCCAAAGGAAGCUUGCUCUUAGAUUGUGGGGAAGGAACCCUGGGACAACUGAAAAGAAGAUACGGUAUAGAGGGUGCUGACAGUGCUGUGAGGAAUCUAAGGUGCAUUUGGAUUUCUCAUAUUCAUGCUGAUCACCAGGCUGGUUUGGCAAGAAUACUUGCUCUACGACAUGACUUGUUGAAAGGUGUGUCUCAUGAACCAUUGCUAGUUGUAGGCCCAGCACAACUUAAGGAAUUUCUGGAUGCAUAUCAAAGACUUGAAGAUUUAGAUAUGCAGUUCAUUAACUGUAGAUACACUACAGAAUCUUCAUGGAUUGAUUUUGAGCACAAUAUUGAAUUGCAUAAGGAUCCUUUGGCUCAGGGAAGUACUAAUAAUAAUGAGGAUUUGAACCAUAAAAAUGCGCUCCAUUCUGAGUUGAAUCUGUCUGAUAACUCUACCGCUUUUCCAUCGCUAGAGAGCCUAAAGAAAGUGCUUCACGAAGCAGGGUUGGAGACCUUGAUUAGUAUUCCUGUUGUGCACUGUCAAGAGGCAUUUGGUAUUGUUUUGAAGGCAUCUGAAAGAAUUAAUGGUGCCGGAAAAGUGAUACCCGGGUGGAAGAUUGUAUAUUCAGGUGAUACCAGGCCCUGCGCGACGCUAGCAGAAGCAUCCUGUGGAGCGACAGUCCUUAUACACGAGGCAACCUAUGAGGAUGGCCAGGUGGAGGAUGCUGUAGCUAAAAAACACAGCACAACAAAGGAAGCCAUUGAAGUCGGGUCAGGUGCUUAUCGGAUUGUUCUCACACACUUACGCCAAAGACAUCCAAAGAUUCCUGCAGUUGAUGAUGCAGCUAUGCAUAAAACAUGCAUAGCCUUUGAUUUGAUGAGUAUCAAUCUAGCAGAUUUGCCUGUGCUCCCUAAAGUUCUUCCAUACCUUAAAUUGCUUUGUAAAGAUGAGUCAGAUGGUGUUUCUUAAAUUGCUUUGUAAAGAUGAGUCAGAUGAUGUUAUUGAUGCUAUAACUGCAUCUUCUAUCCUGUAAAGUGGUCAGGUAAAAACUCUAAUGGCCACCCUUUUUAGCAACUGAUAAAGGAUUCAAACUCAAGAUCUUUUAAGAAAUACAUUAAAAAAUCUUUAUUAAACCACUCGACCACCCGAGGUUGGUUGUAUAAAGUUUUCUCUCUUUUACUCGACUCUGGUUUAUAAAUAA